AUGAAGGCAACUAAAGUUCAUACACUUAAGGGUCUUACUGUUAUCAAGAUACUCCUAUUGAGACGCAUGCUUUAUCUCAUUGCAAAAAAUAUAAGACCGAUUGAUAAUGAAUCAGAUUCAAUGAUGGAGAACGUCAAUAUUAAAAAGUCAUUCAAGCAUAAGAAAUUAAAAGCUGGAAUAGUAAUGGCUUUAGUAGUAUCUUUUGCUACUUCUGAAGCGAGGUUUUUUAUUGACAAACGGAUGUUUCUAACUGCUGUUGCUGAUAUUGACAAGUUUCGCACAUCCGAACUAAGUAUGACGGGUUGA